AGCUGUCGCUGGCGAAACAGCGCAUUUGCGCGGUGCAUUCGCGUAAGGUAAUUUCAGUUUUGCUAGUGGUAACCGUCAUUUAAAUAAAGCAUGUCUACGUAUCAGUUGGCUCCACGACGCCCUUUCAACAUUGAACAGGUGAUAAAAAUUCUCCAUGAGGUCAUGGAGACCCACCUAUCCACAGUAAAGUAUGAGCCUGCUGCCUGUCCACAGCUCUGUGCCCACAUCACAAGGAAUGUCAGGGAGAAAGUGAAGGCCAUGAAUUUUGACAGGUAUAAAAUAGUUGUAACAUGCAGCAUCUUCCAAAAGGAAAAUCAAGGCCUGCAUGUUGGACUUCGAUGCUUAUGGGAUCCACAGCAUGACAACUAUGUUUCUGAAUCAUAUGAAACAACACAGUUCAUUGCUUUGACAUGUGUGUAUGGCAUCUACCAUGAUUAAUGCUUUCCAUAGCUGUGGAAGUGAUGAGCAGUAAGAUACCAUUAAUGGAAGCAAACUAUAACAUCAAAUGAAUGUGCAAAAGUUUACUGGAUGUGAUAUUCAAUUCUCUCCAUAAUGGGAAUAAAAGGCUGUAACAAUUAUGUUAAUAUAUUGAUAGGAGAUUACAUUUUG